AUGGUCUCUCCCUCCUCUCCCUCCUCUCCUCUCCUCUCCUCUCCCGGAUGGAUCGCGCCGCUGAAGCCGGGCAGCCUGAGCGCUGACACAGGAGCAGGUUGCCCACCGCCCGCUCUCCUGCCGCUGGAUGUCACACCGACCGACCCUCGAGAAAAGAUUCCGCCACCCCCUCCCAAAAAAAAGAGGUUACUUUAUUGAAUUUUCCCUCCUCGGGCAGGAAGCUACCCGCUUCCCCUCACCAUGGCUUCCAACUUCAACGACAUAGUCAAACAGGGAUACGUGAGGAUACGGAGUAAGAAACUGGGGAUCUUCCGGAGGUGUUGGCUGGUGUUCAAGAAGGCCUCCAGUAAAGGACCCCGACGGUUAGAGAAGUACCCAGAUGAGAAGGCAGCGUACUUCAGGAGCUUCCACAAGAUCACUGAGCUCCAUAACAUCAAGAACAUUACCCGGAUGCCGCGGGAGACAAAAAAGCAUGCUGUGGCGAUCAUCUUCUGUGACGACACAUCCAAGACAUUUUCCUGUGAAUCAGAGCUCGAUGCAGAGGAAUGGUGUAAGCUGCUGUGCGUGGAGUGCCUGGGCAGCCGACUCAACGACAUCAGCCUGGGAGAGCCAGACCUGUUAGCAGCGGGGGUGCAGCGGGAGCAGAACGAACGUUUCAAUGUGUACUUAAUGCCGACCCCUAACCUGGACAUCUACGGGGAGUGCACCAUGCAGAUCACCCAUGAAAACAUCUACCUGUGGGACAUCCACAACGCCCGCCUCAAACUCGUCAUGUGGCCUCUCAGCUCCUUGCGCAGAUAUGGACGAGACUCCACCUGGUUCACUUUCGAGUCUGGAAGGAUGUGUGACACAGGAGAGGGUUUGUUCACGUUCCAGACGCGGGAGGGGGAGAUGAUCUACCAGCGGGUCCACUCGGCUACGCUGGCCAUUGCCCAGCAGCAUGAGAGGAUGAUGGAAGAGAUGGAGAAGAGCUCCCAGAUCCACUCCAGAGAGACGCUAACCAAGUCCAUCUCCCUGCCACGCAGCGCCUACUGGCAGCACAUCACGCGUCAGAACAGCGUGGGAGAUCUCUACAGUUACCAAGGAAGUGGCCUGACAAUGACUUUCAUCCCUCGAGCACAGACGUUCCCCAGCUUUCUGUCUGAUGAGCCAGAACGGGAGGAGAGCCAGCACCAGGAAGAGGCGCCAUCGCCCUCUAGUGGCUGUGAAUCCAGCUGCAGCCUGAGACCCCUUCAAUGACAGAGAAUUGCUGCACCGAAACUGGACACUCUCCCCCCCACUAUUGUAGAAAGGAUGUAGAAAUAUGUAUAGUGACAUGUGUAAUAUAUCAUUUCCUGGUGAACAAUAGUGUCAACUGUAGAGCGAGUGGUACAUAAAAAAAAAAGGAUCCUUAAAAGGGUGAUUGGUUUUUUCCUAUGUUUUGUGACAGCAGCAGUAGCUUCAAAGAUUGCACCAAAAAUCCUGUAAGUGUAGUUUUACAGUAUUUUAUGUUGUCAUUUUGCUGUUAAAGGCAGCAAGAUCCCCCCCCCCUUUUUUUUAUUUUUUAAAUCACUACACCGUACAAGAAGUUAGAGGUACUAACACACCAAAAUUCCACUGUAAAACAAUGUUUAAAAAAAGUCUUUUGUUCUGAAACUGAUGAAAUCGCACCAGGCUCACUCUAACAAUGUGCCGCUUCAGCAGCUAUUUCCAGAGAAAUUCCACCUUUUUUUUUUUUUUUUUGACACAUAAUCCUCCCAUACUUACUGUACUUCUCUCCCUCUCAAGAAUGUGAAAUUGAUCGAUGCCUUACACAAAAAAACGCUCGACUUUGAUGGCAGUGAUGAAUCAGCUAAAGCCCUUAAUCGGUUACAACCGGCAAAAGGGAAAAAGUCAUUCAGAAAUGUGCUUCAAGGAUAUAGGAGUGGACCGUCGUGUCAGAAAUGAUAGAAUGCAACCUUCUCUCAGCCUCUGCUUUAAACUGCCAGCCCUACAUUACACUGCUAGAGCAAUUUGGUUUUAAUAGCUUCCUCGCUCUUCUCCAGCCCCAUAUGUGUUAUAUGAUAACUGGUUCAUUAGCAAAAAGGAGAGAAGGUUAGUGACCUGAUUUGGGGGGGGGUGUUAUGCAAGGCAGGAGUAAAGUAAGUAAAGUUUUAUGUUCAUAUUCAAGUAAAAUUUAGGGGAAGAAAAUAUAGCUUCAGUAUAUUUCACUGAGAAAACUCGGUUAAAUACACAAAAACAGGUAAAAGUCAUUAAGGAAUAGUUUAAUAUUUUGGGGAAAUCAUUUACUUUUUUACUUACUUACUUUUUUUUUUUUUGCCAAGAGUUACAUGAGAAAGUCGAUAACAUUCUGUAUGAUGUCUAUACGUCAAAUAUGAUGCUACAGUCAGGCGUUCACUUGCACAAAGCCUGGAAAUGUGGCCCGGCUCUGUAAAUCUGCCUACCUGCACCUCUUAAAACCACAAUUUGUUGUUUUUACACUUCAGUUUUUGUACGGAAUAAACAGAUGAGAUAUAUAUCGUGUUAACCGGUGAGCUUUAGAGGUGCUGGAUUGGUUCCUUUCGUUUCGAGGCUUUGUGCUAAGCUAAUCAAACUAACCCAGCUGUUGGGAGUAGCUUCAUAUUUAGCAUACAUACAUAUUAACUCUUGGCAAAAAAAAGACAAAAAUGUAUUUCCAAUCUUUUUCCAAAAUGUCAAACUAUUCCUUUAUAAACUGAUUAAAUGGCUGAUCAUAAGGAUACAUAUGGCCUGACAGCUACUUUAUUUUAAGUGUCAGAUACCCUAUACGGCUUUGUUUUCCAUCCGUUAGCAACAGUAUGAACUAGGAAGAAAUAUUAGUGAUCAAAAUCAGCAGAAAACCUGUCAGUCAUCCUUUCUGUAGCAUGCAAGUUUUUAAAUUUGAGUACACGGCCGCUGUGACGAUGAUGUUCUCUGCAUUGUCCUCCUUGAGUAUGAAGUGCCUUCUGACACAGACCGCAGAGUGUGAGACCUUACCAAAGCAACGUCUUUGGGCUUCGAGUUUACCAUUGUGGAUAUAGAAUUUAGCUGUGUACCUUCAAAACAUUUAGAAAAGUCUUAAGUUUCUCUCAAAUACUGUCGACCCAGCUGUGAAAUGCCAUGUUACACCUGAACUGCUCCUAAACCUUAACCCAACCAGAGCUCUUUGAAAGCAGCAGACACUUAUUUAUCUCUUUAAAUAUUUGUGGUUAAAGUGGUUUUGCGCUUUUAGUUCCAUGUUUGCAUUAAAAGAAAAAAAAGACACGGAUCUCUCCAAUCUAGAAAUUACAGCAACGACUGAAAACUGAAAGGAUUCCAAUGACAAUCAGUUUGAGGUAGCAAAGCAGUCCUUUAAUGUCAAACUUGAUCACUUAUUUUGUGUAGAAACCCUGUGGAACUGAAGUACAGGCACUUCUUUGUGUUAGGUUUUGCAGUCAGGCACCUUAAUUUUAUUUAUUAUAUUUAAAAAGAGUUCAACCUUCAUAUUAAUUUGAGCCUCAAACAAAGUGCAAAAUCUGCACGUGUCACAGAGACAGUUUGUUGACUGGCCACUAUCGAUCCCUAUAGUUUUCUUGAGUCUUAGCUCAAGUGUAUAAUAGUUCCACCACAUCUGGACCAUUGGAGCCGUACUAAGUGAGAAGACUGGAGAACGUUCAAGUUCACUGUGUUUGUCAUUUUCUGCAGUUUUUGUUGUUUAUUGUAGCCAUUCGCUCGUUUGUAGGUAUGACGUGUCGUCAUGAUUUCUGUUUUUGUUACUCUGAUGAUUGUUUGUGUCCGCCAUGUUUUGUGUUCUGUCAGAUUAUAUGUUAAUAGCACUUUGAAUACAUUGAGUGUAGGACUACAGUUUUCACUAAAUGUACAUAUGUAAUGUUUUUGAUGAUAAAAAGGGUAAUAAAUUGAAUGUUCUACCACGUA